AUGCCAGAAAAUUUAUUUAAAAACGUUGGAGAUCUCGUCGGCGACUUCGAGGAGAGCCCCGUACAAGAAAUAGAAUCGCUCUGUAUGGACUGUGAGAAGAUGGGCGUCACUAGAAUGCUGCUCACUAUGAUCCCUUACUUCAAAGAAGUCGUUGUUAUGUCCUUCAAAUGCGAUCACUGCGGUAAUAUUAACUCAGAAAUUCAAUCUGCAGGUGAAAUUCAGCAGCGUGGCAGUCUCCACACUGUACAUGUCACUUCCCCGGAAGACUUGGAUAGACAAAUCGUUAAAUCUGAGCACGCUACCGUCUCUUUCUUAGAGUAUGAGCUCACCGUUCCAGAAGGUAGAGGUCAGUUGACCAACAUCGAGGGCGUUAUCAGGGACACCAUCCGAGACCUCUCGAUGAAUCAGCCACUGAGAAAAGUUUUAGAUGUGGAGGUUUACAACAAAAUUAACCAUUUACUCUCCAGAUUGAGAGGUGCUGUUGGUGCAUCUGAUGAUGAGUACAACCCUGAAAUCGUCGAUGGUCCAACUUCUUCAAUCGAAGACAAGAACAGAGCUGAUGAAAGCCAUGAUGCUCUUCCAUUCACAGCUUUCACCGUACAAGUUAGAGAUCCAUCAGGUAACUCCUUUGUCUCCUUUAAGGAAUCUCCAAACGAUCCAAAGUGGUCUAUUCGUGCCUUUAAGCGUACACACGAAGAGAAUGUCGCUCUUAGACUCGCAAAUGAAGAAGAUAAACCACAAGAGAAUGUCAAGCAGGUCGCAGGUCUCAGCGAUUCAGAUGAGAUCACUGCAGACGAAGUCCUCCAAUUCCCUGGCAUAUGUUCAAGUUGCGCAAAGGACAGUCCAACCAACAUGAAAAAGGUUAACAUCCCUUACUUCCAAGAUAUUUUGAUCAUGUCAACCAACUGCGAGCACUGUGGAUUCAAGGACAACGAAGUCAAAUCAGGUGGUGCAAUUCCAGAGAAAGGCAAGCGUAUCACUUUAAAGGUUGAAGAUGAGGAGGAUUUAUCUAGAGACAUUCUCAAGUCAGAGCACGCUGGUUUGUCUAUUCCAGACAUCAACCUCGUCCUUGAACCUGGAACUCUUGGUGGUAGAUUCACAACCCUUGAAGGUCUUCUCGCUCAAGUUUACGAAGAUCUCUCGACAAAGGCUUUCAUUGGCGAUAGUGCUAUCGAUACUCAGGCUGGUGAUUCAGGAUUAAUUGGUAGUACUCAAAUGCAGGAGUUUGAUAAGUUUUUGACCCAACUCAAGACUGUCAUGACAGCAGCAAAACCAUUUACCGUUAUAAUCGACGAUCCUCUCUCCAGCUCUUACAUCCAAAACUUCAACGCACCAGAACCCGAUGAACAAAUCCUUAUUGAGGAGUAUGAGCGUACUCACCAGCAGAAUGAUGAUCUAGGAUUAACACAAAUGAAGACUGAAAAUUACUAA